AUGCCCGAGGAUGGUCUGCCUGAACCGCCUUUUUACUACGUAGCACUGGCAUUGCUUGCCGGUGGUCUUACCAUUUGUUUUAUAUCAACGCUUGGCAUAUGGGCUACUUACAUGCCUGGAUAUAUUUUGCUGACCAUUUAUUUCUUGGUAGUGUUAUCGCUACUACUAUGCGAAUGUGCGGGCGGGGUUCUGGCAGCAAUAUGGCCGCGAUGUGUGGGGCUACAGAGCGCUAGAGGAGGAGCCGUUGGCGCCUUGCAAGCUUAUUACGCAGUCCCCGAUUAUGAAGAAUUUACAGCUGCAGUAGAUCUUGCCCAGACAUACUUGCAGUGCUGCGGGAUGAGUGACGCGCGUAAUUACGACAUGUCGGUAUGGCAACUCCGAAGACUUGGUCCUCGUGGCUUAUCGGUCCCGUUGAGUUGCUGCGUACAGAUAACCGAAGACGUUUCAUACCUUAAUCCCAUGCCCGUCAAUCAGUCUCGCUGCCAGGAUAUACAACCCAAUCCACCAUACAGGCAUGCACCGGGCUGUUUGGGAAAACUCGAAGACUGGUAUCAAGAGCAGUAUAUAAUUUUUAUGCUAGCCUUGUUUGUGAUGGCAAUUUUUAAACUUGGCAUUCUAUUGAGCACCGUAUUCUCAUGCAUUCGUUUGCGAAAACACAGGCAGUAUAUACGAUCUUAUAUCAUGAAGAACACGGAUAACAAAACCAAUCAAAAUAUUUACAACAGAAAAAUUACGGCGGCUCACGAUUCGCCGAUCACUUCUAAGUACAUUCAACCCAACAAUUACUACAGCCCAAGAGUACGCAAUCCGAAAAUUUUUCAAGGAAAAUCAAAUGAAAUUGUAUGA